CCUCUCUCUCGGUGGGGGGCGUGUCCAGCGCGCGGACAGGGACCGCCGAUCGUCCUUAAAAUGGCCGAAAUAUAAAAGACGCAGAAAUAAAGAUAAAGACGAGAAAGAGGAGCUGUGGACCCGGCCGCCGCGCUCUGAAGGGCACCUGAGUGGACCGAAGUGGACCGAAGUGGAUUCUUGUGGAUUCUACUGAGAGUAAAACUUUUUCGAUGAACUGCACCAGGUUCCUCCACAUCCUGAGCCCUGGGGGUCGGUCUCCCAUCAUGCCCGUGGACAUGGCCGUGAGGAUCUGCCUGGCCAGCUCUCCCCCUCUCCGCUCCUUCCUUGGUAACUACGACAACCCUCUGCUGAAGCGCUGUGAACCGCUGAGACCCUGUUUAUCCAACGUCGCUGCAUCAACCAUGACCUCGACGUCAGCGAGCGCAGAGCUCAGCGGCGGCCUGGUGUGGAUGAAGAGGAAGAAGAAGAAGAACGUGGUGUUUGCAGACUCUCGUGGCCUCGCACUUACCGCCGUCCACAUCUUCAGUGAGGCAGACGACUUCCCGCUGACCGAGCUGCAGUUCCACCUGACGGAGAUAGAGGGCGCCACAACAGGAGACGGCAGAGAAGCAGCAGAUUGUGGUCCAGGCCUUAUGCUGGACUUCAUCCAGCCAGCUGCAGACUAUCUGGACCUGAGGAACCGACUCAAAGCUCAGCAGGUGUGUCUGGAGACCUGUUCUGUGAAGGACCGUCUGUUGUCAGGCACCGUCCAGGUCCGAAACCUCUCCUUCGACAAGUCUGUCUCGGUCCGGAUCACCUUUGACUCGUGGCGCUCCUUCCAGGACGUUCCCUGUCUGUACCUGAACAACAUCUACGGCUGCCCCGACAUCGACACCUUCUCCUUCUCUGUCUCGGUACCUGAGCUCAUAGAUCCUUCCGACACAGUGGAGUUCUGCAUCCAGUACCAAACUCAGGACCACACCUUCUGGGACAACAAUCAGGGGAACAACUAUGGGCUUGUAGUGGUGGACCCAAAUGGCAGCCUGACCCGGAACACUGAGAGCACCGCUGGGGUGGAGAUCCAGAGGGACCGCGGUGUGGAGAAGGAGGAGAUGGCGUUUGACCCCUUUGGAAGUCCCCGGACAUCAACAGGGAUCUUCCCUGAGUGGCAGAGCUGGGGUCAUGUUGAGACCAGCGCCCCCUACUGGUGAGACCACCAGAGGACAUAUUUUUAAAGUUGCACUCAGUUUUGUUGUUUGAAAGCCACCGGACCCUCACGUGAGCACUGAUACCCUCCAGACGAGUUGGUAGCAAACACUCAAGUCACUUUAGCUGCCUGAACAUGAAGUCUUUAAAGUCUUAAUGAAAGUCAGUGUCAACAUCUGGAGUCUGUCUGGACAGAGACUGAGCCAGAUGUGGCCUGAGUAUUGCACACUGGAGCUGACUCAACAAGGAGAGCCCGACUUGGCUCACAUCUGGUCCUCCUGAGCAGGAUUUCAUCCAAGGGUGCCGACAGUCAGCCACAAUUAAUGGGGAUUAAUACGUGCUCAAAGCUUCCCAAGAAUUCAGUAGAUUGCAAGGCACUUUCAAGCACCUUCAAGCACCUUUGUUGCAGUCCAGGAAUCUGUAACAACUAGACCCUCACACCAAAAACCUCAGACUGGGUCUGGAGUGAGCCUGUCCAGAUUUUAUCCCUCUUAAGACCACCAGAGAGUGGAAGGAUUCAGCCAAGUCAACAUCUGGAUGUGUCCAGGUGCUGAAGUUGGACCACAGCUGGCCUCUCCAGAAAACAAGUUCCACUACCCUGUAAGAAGCCUGGAUGACCUCAUCAUUUAUACGUUUCACGAGGAAUCAGUUGAAACGGUUUCCAAAGGAUUCUAUCACUUUCACGAGUAUCCAGAGUCUCACAAGUGAUUUCUUAAACCUACCUAAUGAUCCAUGAUCGGUUUAAGGUGGUACCACAUGUCCUCAGAACCUCCACAAGGGUUCUUUAACAUUUUUUAGAUUCACAACAUUUGGCUCCACUCAUCAGCUUUUCACAGGAGUGUUUAAACACGUUCAGUGGUUUGUAUUCUUGACACAAAGGAUGAAUUAAAAGAGACUUCAUGUUCUCCGGCGGACAGUUAGUGACCAGCUCCUGGUUCUGGAUGAUUGGAGCAGGAUUUGGGUCCAAGGAUGCGACACGUUCCUCUGUAGCUCUUUGGGUGUCUUUUACUGCAGUUUUCACUUUUAUUUCCUGUUUUCUCUUCCAUAAUGAUUCAUUCAGAGCAGAAACCCUUCAGGAUGUGAGUCCUGAACCAGCAACCAGGAUCACUGUGUUCUAAAGAUUCAAGGUGCCUGAAACCAGUCCGACAUCCAGUCAGGCGUCCAGGGAUUGUAGCAGUAGAAAAAAGAUUCCAGUUUUAUAGAUUUGGUCUGUGGAUUAAAACUGUAAAUUCUUCUCUGGGUCCAUGUUGGGACACUGUGUAGAACCCUUGAUGCCUUCAGGCUCAGUUCACCUUUAAUUUGGUCCAAAGAUCUGUGGACUUGUUAAGGUUUAGAUCCGAAGUCUCGUCUCAGAGUAUUUUAUCUCCGCUGCAGAAGUUUAGUGAUGACUGUAAGUACUUCAGACAACAGUUGAGCCCAUGACAGCUCGGUUCUGAGGGGCGGGGGUUCGGAUUCAGUCCCACCUGAUAAGCACUUUUUGGUCCCUUCUCACAUUUCAUAGAAAUGUUCAUACCUUGGUGACCUGGUUUAAACAGGUUAACAGCAGAGUGAGCAUCUGUUCUGAGUGUCAGUGUGACACUAAACCACAAACUGAACCCACCAGAACUCCGUGAGAAGAACCUGCACUUUAGUUCUUAUUGGUCCUUCAGCUUUAGAAUCUGCUGUUGAUGCGAGACAACACAUGCUUUGAAAUAUUAUCAUGAGUGAUGGUGGUACCGGGUCACAUUCAGAACAUAUACAGGGAUAUAUUCUGAUGCUAAUGACAUCACGAUUAAACAACAGGCAGGGACGGGACUUAGAGCCAGACCUCCACCUCUGUAACCAUGCACAAACAGGUCUGGAGCCCAGAAACAGAGCUGCUGCUCUGGAGUCUGGGUCGAAGUGUCUCAGCCUCUCUGAUUGGUUAGACUCUGACUUUUCUUAUUUAUAGAGAGGCCAAGCCCCGCCCCUUUCUGUACGCCACCAGGAAGUGUUUCAGCCCUGACAUCCGAGUGAGCGGCGAGGUGAAAGGUCAAAGGUUCUCUUUUAUUAAGUUUUAUUUCUUUGUUUUCACAUUAGCGUGAGGCUGUGGUGUUCCUGUUCCCCUGGUAACAGGUAGUUAGUAUGUUGUCACGGUAACUGCUGUAGAUGGAGACCUAAAGGUAAACCUGAACUUCCUGUUAGCUCCUGUAGCCAUACCAGUCAAAAAAGCCUUUUCUAAGCUGUGUGUGUGUGUUGGGGGGAUGUAUAAAGAAUGUGACAGGAGGUUUGGGACCGAUGUGAAGUGAAUGUGUUUAAAGUGAACUCAUGUUGCUGAUUUGAUUUGGCUGCUGGUGACCUCGUGCUGUGUUCAAGUCACGUCAGGUUUAUUUUAUAUAACACCCGGUGCCUUGUAGUGAUGAAUGUGGGCGGGGUUUCCGGGGGGGGUUCAAGGGGUGUGGCUCCAAAACUACCAAGGUAAGGGUCAUGUUAUGGCUAGCAAGCUAGUCUGCUAGCACAUUUUAGCUCUUUGAGCUAUUAUUCUGGCUGAUGUCAACCGUAACAUUCAGUUUUUAUUGUGAUCAAUAUUUUGAUCUACAUGUUUCAAAAUGAAUUAAUUUAUCGAGAAAGAAGUUUGUUGUGUUUUUACUGCAGCACCUUAGCUACAAUGCUAACGUUGCUAGCUGCAGACAGCUACAUUUCAAAGACUCAGCGUUUUUGUAAUAAUCAGGUUAAUCAGUAACACCUUAGUAACCAUCAUUAAUACAUCGUACAUUUAGAGUAAAUUAAGUGUUUGUUAUAUCUUUUUGACUACAAACAAACAAUUACAUAUUUUAUAAAUCAUUUAUAAAGAUAUUGUCUAUUGUAAAAUUCCAGCUGAUGUAAAUAAAACUCUGAUAAUGUGUGUUAAUAAAUCCUGUUGUUCAUCUGUAAACACCAGUGUCAUAAAGAUGAUACUGGUGUUUUUAAAGUCAGAAUAUCUCAAUAAAUGAUUUAUAAACUUAACUAUGCAGGUAAUCAUAAAGUGUUAGCAGCAAAUCUCUGAGUUAUGACGCUCAUCAGGUUUCCUCCCGUCUGUCAGCUCAGUGUUCAGCAGUGAGAUUUAAAGUUCUUUAUUCCGACGUGACCUGAACGCACCACUUCAUCCACCGGUUAGCCAGAGUUAGCUUGUGCUAAAUUAACAGACAUGAUUAAUGGCAUUUAACAUGGCUAGAUAGUAAGCUAGCUGGCUGCUAGCAUUGGCGACUGUACUGUAGCAAGGCUAUAUUGUAAAGUGCAAUGGAAUGAUGAUGUCAUGAUGUUACGAUGUAAGCAUGAAGUGAGUGACUGUUCCUUAUAUGUGUGUCCUUUCAUAAUAAAAGUCUAAUGUUUAUAGCGUUCAAA